CGACCGCCUCCGCAAACUCUCAGCACUUGAUCUACUCAACCCGGCCCUCGCAGCCUCGACUCGUCUCCUGUAACCUGCACGCGCAGACCGCAGCCCGCAUAUGAGUCUCGCUCGCUGCUGCUGCUGCUGCUGCUGUCGUUGUUGCCGCCGCUGAUUAUGCCCUCAUCCCGCCGCCUUCCCCAGCUGUCGAGUCCUGGCUCGCAUGUUGCACAUCGCAUCCCCGAGCGAACUGCUGCAGCAUAGCGUGCAGCCGCCGUUUCUGCCGCCCUAAGCCCAAGCAAGCCACAGGCGUGUAAAGCUGCUGUUCGCUCCUGCUGUCUCCAACGCCGUUGCUGCUAUAGCCGCACCGUUGCCUGCUGCACUGCACCGCACCUGCUGCCACGACGUAAGCGCUGCCUCACCGCGGCGCUGCUACACGGUCGUCGAUGCCAUGGCCGACGACGACCGCAACACCGCUUAUCGAUCCUCGCCGCCGACCCACUGGACGCACUUUCCGACACAUCCUCACUCCCAUCACGGCACGCCCGCCCAGGAGUAUCAGGGCUUCAACUUCGCCUCGCCUCAGCUGCCCAUGGAACCCAGUGCCUUCGCCAGCGGGAUGCACCAACGGCCAAUGCACCACCAGCUGCAACCGUUGGUGACCGGCAUGCCGCAAUGGCCUUCGAUGCUGAACCGUCAAGGCCCGGCUUCCUACCCACCCAUCUAUCAACAGCCCGUCCAGCCUCUUCAACCGAUGUCCGCCGGACCCUUACUGACACCUGUGUCGGCAACAUCGACUCGAUCGACUUCGACACCGCGCAAAACUCUGACUGACCUGGACCGAAAGCGCAUGUGUCAAUAUGCAGAGGAGCACCCGAACAGCAAACAGACCGAGAUUGGAGCAAUCUUCGGCGUUGAGAGAAGCACCGUCUCCAAAGUCUUGCGACAAAAGGAGAAGUACCUCUUUCAGGACGAUGGCAGUCGAUCGCCCGUGAAGCGGGCGAAAGGACGGUCUCCUGACAUUGAGCGUGCUCUUGCUGUGUGGGCGAAGAAUCAGGAGAAGAAGGGGAAUCCUCUUUCCGAUGACAUGAUACGGGCUCAGGCGCGCGCAUUUGCUGCGACAACGACGAGUCCAGAUAACCAUGUCACGCUAAGUUCGAGCUGGAUAGAAAAGUUCAAGCUCAAGAACAACUUGAUGGGCGCGCGGUCGCGUAAGGCGUCACUCGCGCCCGAUGACGCCGACUUUGGAGCUGCAGUAUCCUCUUCCUCACACACUCCGGGCGACACCUCCCCAAUAUCGCCUUCUGGGCUGGGUUCACCGUCACCAAUCGACCUGCAACGGGUGCAGAGCCAGGAAAGUCUUAAGAACGAAAGUCCAGACGAUUACAUCGACUUUGGCAACCACAGGCAUGGUGUAUUCCACAGUCAGAGCACGACCUCACUGAACAGCGCCUUCACCGACACAGCGCCGUCUUCGUUUUCACCGGGACCGCUCAGUCCCGGUACAUCACCAUUUUUCACGCCCGAUUCCGGAACGGCACCUUCACCUUUUAUACCCACACCCCAUUCGCGACCGAUCGUAGCCGUGCCGUCGAACUCCAGCUCCCACCGACCGCGAAGCCAGACUUUUCCGCGCAUAGACCAGUAUUCGAGCUCGCCGGGAGAUGCAGCGACGCCUAAGUAUACUACCAAUGGAUCGACACUCGAUUCACCGAUGGAAGAGCCCCCUGAUCCGCUGAUCAGCCUUGAUGAGGCCAUGGCUCUACACAAUGGCUCGAACACAACGAUACAUCCGGCCUCGAUGUCGAACGAUCACAACAGUAUGGGACCACCUCCUCUCCCGCCGCACAUCGACUCGUCCAGUCGACGCGGUUCAACGAAGUCUGGAGUCGCGACUUCUCCCGAAGAAGCUCGCCAGGCACUUCAGAUCGUUCUCGCCUUUUUCGAACAACAGCCACAAGGAUUUCUCGACUUGAAUGAGAGCAUUACCAUUGGCAAGUUGAUGGAGAAGCUAAAAAUACAGUCAUCACACCCUUCGCAAGGCAACGCCAAUGGCAGUUGAUCCGAUCUGCUGCAACCUAGUCUUUUCUUUCACUUCUGACAACCCCGUCUCCGCUGAACAGAUUCAGCAGAAGCAGUUCCACGUUUACGUUUCUCCAGCUUGUAUAUCUUGCACAGCUUUUAUCUCGGUUUUCACAGCGCGCGAUUUGACUAUUUAUGCAUUGACGGGAACUGGUAAAUAUGGGACACAUGAGCACAGCACGAUAUAUCUUUUGCGCGUUAGGGAAGAAGGGGUUAAGAGACCACCACAAAAAUUUCUUCGUCAACUACGCAGAGACACAGGGGAUCUAAGUCCGCUCGCGCGGCUAUCAUCAAACGAGAGGAGGAAAUCUUUCGGAUUAUACUGUAUUGUUAUGUUUUUGCAUUGACUGCCUUUGGAGCGAGAGGGAGAGUGAGCGAGCGAAAAAAGUAGCUCGAGCCGUCGAUGGAGACGGAAGACAGGAGACAGAAGAAAGAAUGCACCG